AUGUCUUCCGAGGCCCCCACUGGAGAUGUUCAGGACAAUGAGUACGUGUCCCGUCAAGGUGACCGUGAGCCCAUCGAUGUCCUCGGUGACGACGCCAAGGUCGAGGAUCCAAUCGAUGCUGAGACCGCCGACUCCGACGCCCAGCUUGAGCGUGACGAUAAGGAGGCUAUCGACAAGAGCAAUAUUGUGGAAGAGCGCACCCGUGGCGCCAAGCCCACCGGCGAGUACCGCGAGCCUGGUGACACCGAGGGCCUGGAGGACAAGCGCCUCGAGUAA